AUGAGACUUACUUCACUUUCUGCAGAACUCGACGCUAUCACACAUGAAUUUGAUUAUGGCAUUGUUCCUGGUUCAGCAACUGUGUUUGUCCGAGAUGAAGUCAACAAUCUCGGUAGACUUGAUCUUACACUGUUGGAAGGCGUUAUGAUUAUCAUAGAAGUGACAGAUCAGGGUUAUAAGGUCACAUCAUGCUCUCCACUCUGUAAUGUGGAUCCAGCCUUAUCAACAGCACAAACAGUACAAGCACACUUGGAGGCACCAUUUGAAAGUAUGGAAAAUUUACUCAUGACUAUAUCUCCCAUGUUUCGAGAACGGUUUCAACAAGAAUUAUAUAACAAACUUCAAAGUGUUCAACAA